AUGGCUCCUCCUACCGUCAAGCUGAACAGCGGAUUUGACAUGCCCCUCGUGGGUUUUGGCCUCUGGAAGGUAAACAACGAGACAUGCGCGGAUCAGGUUUACGAACCAUCAAGGCCGGUUACCGUCUCUUUGACGGCGCAUGCGGUAUACUACGGCAACGAAGUUGAAUGUGGCCAGGGUGUCGCCCGCGCCAUCAAGGAGGGCAUCGUCAAGCGCGAGGAUCUCUUCAUUGUUUCCAAGCUGUGGAACAGUUUCCACGAGGGCGACCGCGUCGAGCCCGUCUGCCGCAAGCAGCUGGCUGACUGGGGCGUCGAAUACUUCGACCUGUACAUCGUGCACUUCCCCGUUGCCCUGAAGUACGUUGACCCGGCUGUCCGCUACCCCCCCGGAUGGAACUCGGAGAGCGGCAAGAUCGAAUUCAGCAACGCCAGCAUUCAGGAGACCUGGACGGCGAUGGAGUCGCUGGUCGACAAGAAGCUCGCGCGCAGCAUCGGCGUUAGCAACUUCAGCGCCCAGCUGCUCAUGGACCUCCUCCGGUAUGCGCGCGUCCGUCCCGCUACCCUCCAGAUUGAACACCACCCCUACCUGACCCAGCCUCGUCUGGUCGAGUAUGCCCAGAAGGAGGGCAUCGCCGUCACGGCGUACUCGUCUUUUGGACCUCUGAGCUUCCUCGAGUUGGAGGUGAAGAAUGCCGUCAAUACCACUCCUUUGUUCGAGCACAACACCAUUAAGAGCCUCGCCGACAAGUAUGGCAAGACCCCGGCUCAGGUACUGCUGCGCUGGGCCACCCAGCGCGGCAUUGCGGUCAUCCCCAAGAGCAACAACCCCACCCGUCUGGCGCUGAACCUGGAGGUCACUGGGUGGGAUCUGGAGAAGACUGAGUUGGAGGCCAUCAGCUCAUUGGACCAGGGCUUGCGGUUCAAUGACCCUCUUGGAUACGGCAUGUACGUUCCUAUCUUCUAA